AUUAAUUUUUAUAAUAGAGACAAUUUUUAUAAUCGCGUCAAUAGGCGAGAUGCAACCCAUUACGGAACCGAGUACAAGCGUCACACUUACGGGAAUUGAGUCAAGGCGACAGAAACCCCCGAUCAUUCGACCAACUAGCAAGGCUGGACACCAGUAUCUUGCCGGGGCAAUUAGCAAUUUUGGCGUAUUCUGUUUUGGCACCACAAUCGGCUGGACGAACAUUGGACAUAAUUUGGUAUCUCAGAAGGCUUACAACGUUGAGCUGACGAAAGAUCAGUGGGAAUGGACUAAUUCAAUGCUGCCACUGGGUGCUGCAUGUUUCUGCAUGCCCAUGGGUGUAUUGAUGAAAAUGUAUGGCUGCAAGCCCGUCAUGCUCUUUCAAAUGUUCCCCUACGUCUUAGGCUGGAGCCUAUUGACUUUCGCCAAUAACGUUUACAUGGUAUACGUGGGUCGCUGCGUACUGGGCAUCUGUGGCGCCGCACUCUGCGUAGCAGUACCCGUGUACAAUGCGGAAAUCAGCCGGCAGCAUCAGCGUGGGGCCAUGAUCAGCGUGUUCUAUGGCGCCCUUGUCUACGGCGCAGUCCUUAAUAAUAUACUGUCCGAGAUCCUUAGUAUAAAGUACGGCAACGUUACCUGUACGCUGAUGGCGCUUCUCUGUCUCUCCGUUACGCUUAUACCCGAGUCGCCGAGCUACUAUUUCUUACACGGACAAUUAGAAAAGGCUCGGAAAUCCAUGCGCUGGCUGCGCGGUGAUGAAUAUGAUAUAAAUACUGAGCUAGAGCUGCUAAAACAGACGUUAAAGAGAAGCGACAUGGAACUGCAUCAAAGUUGUUGGGGCUUCAUGCAUAACAAAAUCAAUCAGCGCAGUGUUCCUCGGGCAACUAUACUGUUAAUGCUGUAUCAUAUUUCCGGUGGCGUUAUCAUCAUGGGCCACAUGGGGGAUAUACUUGUGCAGAUGGCCGAUUCGAGUUUCAAUAUCUAUGUGAUGUGGCUGUGUGUGUCCAUGUGUCUGGGCCACUUAAUCUGUUUACUGGCGGUCGAUCGCUUUGGUCGCCGUUCGCUGUUGCUGUUCUCCUCGGUGGUCAUGUUCAUGACUUCGCUCUUUUUGUGCGUUUGGUUCAAAUGGAUGCGUUCAGAAUCAUGGCGCUGGCCAGCUUUACUCUCCCUAUUCAUUUUCGUUGCAUCGUUCUCUAUGGGCUUUGGUCCGGUCGCCUGGAUUCUCUACGUCGAGCUUAUACCAGAGCACAUGCGGCCGUUUGGCUGUGCCCUUGCUGCCACAAUAAGUUGGCUGUUCGCCACCCUGCUGAACAUUGGGUUCUUGUUCAGCGUGGGCCAUUUUUCAAUAUUCUAUUUUAUGUUAAUUGUCUGUAUGUUGGGGCUAUUAUUUGUCGUCAUCUUCAUACCAGAGACCAAAAACAUAACAUCAGACGAAGUACAGCAGGUAAUGAAGCGGGGUGUAUUCAAUGACGAGCAUUCUAGCGAUGAUUCAUUUUAAUGACGCUUUACUAGGUAAUUACAUUAAUGGUUAGUUUAGUUUAUAUAAGCUAAAUUUUUUAAUUGUCAUUAACUGUCAUUUUUAGUUUUGUACGCAUAGACAGUAAAAUUCAUAUCCAUUGAUGUUGAAACGAGUUUACGUUUUAUAUGUUUUUCUGUUUUUCUUCGAUACGUUGAAUUGUCUACUGCAUCAGCAGUAAACUGGCGACUGCAAAUAUUUCAGUGGGCCCCAAGUCCCUCGGCCAACAAUCAGACUCACAUGUAACUGUAUCUGCAAGUGCACAUAUGUAUCUGUAUCUCUGUCUGCGUGAACUUCUGGCAAGUGCAAAUAUUUAUGCGUAUUUGAUAGCACUAAUGGGCCAUUAAAUGCGUACGCAAAUACACACACGCACUGCGUGUGGAGUGUGUGUAUGUGUAUGCGUGUGUUUGUCUAAACGAGCUUAUGUGGGUGGCAAGGAUGAAAAUGUACCUAAGCGAAUCUAAAUGGCAUCAGGGGCACCGAACAUGCAAAAUCAUGUACUCGUAAAUCUCUUUAAUGCCAACGGCCUCCGGCCAGAAAGGGCACCGGUGUGGAAGCGGAGGGCUGUGGGAGCCCGGUCCUGGGUCCGACUACGACCCGCCCACACGCAAUCACGUGGUAGACGUUUGUUUACUCCCGGCCGAAAGAAGAGAUUCAGCAUGAGGUUGGGUUGCUUGCGUAAUGAAACUGAAUAUGUGAAUGCUGCGGACGGGAGUAUGUGUGUGUGUGUGAAUGUCGCUGAGUAUCAAAAUAAUAGCAGCAGCUCUGCUGUCUGCUGCCUGUUGGCCGUCCUCUGGGCUCGGCCGCGUUUUGGAUUGGAUGGGUCGACAUUGGAGCAGGAGCUGUAGCAGAAAAAGGGAACUGGGAGAGGAACAGAUACGUUGGCAGGGGCUGUCAGCCAUAUAAAUUGCACAAACUCAUUCCGGACUUAGGCAAAACGUGAAAAUAUUGUUAUGACCUCUUGUGCUGCUUCUUUUGCUCUACCCCCUACACUCCAACCCUCAACCGAGUUUA